UCAGGGUCUUCAUUCUUUACGCGGGGUCCACCAAGACCCGCUGCGUGAUGGACCCAUCAUGGCUUUUCGAUUUGGAAUGUUCUAAGAAUCCACAUAACUCCGUAUAGCCGUCGUGUAAACAGGACGUAGUAUUCAAGCGAGUCAGUACUGCAUAAACAGUACGGGUCCACUGGGGAUCAAUUGCCGUCUACUUCCUAAGUCUGUACAGCUUCACGAUGGACUUCGUCAAUAGCACACCGAUACAGUGUCUGAAGGAUUCACUGCUACCAGGCUUGUCCUAUCAUUGCGAAGCUAGUGAUCCUGAUGGUCCAUGUGCUGCACUUCCAUAUUCGUUUCUGCCACAGAUAACCGCUUACCCCAUCUUACAACACCCCAUCCAUCAUCGUCAUCUCACCUCACUUCAGUCACUCAUCAACAACUCUGGGAUUUGAAGCAGCGUUCAUGUCGAAAUGGGUGCCAAGACAUCUGAAGACGAUCACUCUGGAGGAAAUGGCCAAGGACCACUCUCGUCCAAACCAUCCUCUGCAGGCGGAGAGCCACGUGGUGCUCACAUUGCCCGCGAUGGCGACGGUAGUUUGGGAGGCGAAGGGGGCGACGACGACGACGAUGAUGAUAACAACACUCCCGCCGGACCGCUAACCGACGGCGCUGGUAAGAAGAAGAAAAAGAGAAAGCCAAAGAAGAAGAAGAAGGCUCCUACACAGCAAUCUUCACCUCCCAGAGUCCCGCUGAGUGAUCUCUUCAAAGAGUUUCCCGCUGGUGAAAUUCAGGAUUACAACACCGCUCGUACCACAGCUAAAGAACUUCGCUUCAUGGGUCGUCGACAGCUCGAAGACCCAGAGUUCCUGAACGAUUAUCGAAAGGCUGCUGAAGUUCAUCGUCAGGUCCGACAGUGGACGCAGCAGAACGUCAAGCCGGGUGAUAAACUCAUUGAUAUCGCUAAUGGUAUUGAAGAUGGCGUGCGCGCGCUUUUGGGGAAUCAGGGUAUUGAACCUGGUGAUAACCUCAAGGCUGGAAUGGGGUUUCCGACCGGCCUCUGCUUGAACCAUGAAACUGCGCAUUAUACGCCUAAUCCUGGACAGAAGGAUGUUGUUCUCAAGUAUGAGGAUGUCAUGAAGGUUGACUUCGGCGUGCAGAUCAAUGGUUGGAUCGUUGAUAGUGCAUUCACCAUGUCGUUUGACCCUACCUACGAUAAUCUUCUGAAUGCCGUCAAAGAUGCUACCAACAGCGGCAUCAAGGUAAGCAUUUCACUCACUCACAUAUUGCAUGUCUGACAACUGCAGGCUUCUGGAAUCGACGUUCGUAUCUGCGACGUCAGCGCCGCAAUCCAAGAAGCAAUGGAGAGCUACGAGGUUGAAAUCAACGGAAAGACAUACCCCGUCAAACCCGUCCGCAACAUCUCAGCGCACAACAUCAAGCACUACCAGAUCCACGGUGGAAAGUCGAUCCCGUUUGUCAAGAACAGUGAUCAGACUAAGAUGGAGGAAGGUGAAGUGUUUGCCAUUGAGACGUUUGGUACAACCGGCACUGGACGACUUUACGACGAUGUAAGUGUGCAUGUUCGGUGAGUUGGGUUGUUGCUGAUGAGUGUAGGUGGGCAUUUAUGGCUACGGUUUGCAUCAUGAUGCGCCGAGACAUGUCAACUUACCAUUUGCGUCGGCGAAUAGACUUUAUAAGGUCAUUCGUGAGCAGUUUGGUACUAUUGUCUUUUGUCGUCGAUAUCUUGAGCGUUUAGGCCAAGAGCGAUAUCUCGCUGGUCUAAACUCUUUGGUCUCGAAUGGUAUUCUUGAAGCGUAUGAACCGCUUGCUGAUAUCAAGGGUUCUUACUCGGCGCAGUUCGAGCAUACUAUUCUGCUUCGAGAGUCGCACAAGGAGGUCAUUAGUCGUGGAAGUGACUACUAAAUUGAGAAUGAUUCAAUAUUUGUGAAAUUGGGAAUGGGAAGGGUUCAACAUGAUAUCGGAAUGGUUUCAACAGCAUUUCCUCCCGCUGAGCAGUAGUCCCAACACUACUGCAUAUAGCUACGGUCUGGCUUCAACAUGCCUGCCUGAGUUUACAUUCGUAUGAUAGUUUAGUCUGUCACUAUCUUUACCAAAUCUAUUCGCACUCACAUAUUCACGUCGGUACAUGACUUGACGGCAGAUGCUGAACUCUUGGCAUGUUCGGUGAUUUCCCAAAACGUACUCUAUCAAACAUGCUAUCAUCUCGC